AUGACAACAGCCUGGGCAGUCAGCGGCAAGCACGUGGGCUGCUACACCGGCGGCAAGAUCGGCUUCUGCGAGUCCUCCAACAUCCUCGGCUGCCUCUGCUCCGAGGAGUUGCACCUGGUGGACGCCGCCUGCCAGGCGCCCACGCGGGUGGUCUCACAAGAAGGCGAUGGAGUGCUUACCUUCGCUAUCGAUCGGCUGGGCUUGCAUGCCUGCACGAGCCACAGGAGCGGUCUGCUUCGGCACUUCUCCCUGGGUGAAAAAGUGGACUUGGUCAGAUCCUGGCGGGGCCACGACCAGGUGGUGGCGGACGUUUGCUUCGACACCACCGGGGCCCUCGUGGCGACCGGCUCCGUGGACCAGACAGCCAAGGUGUGGGACUUUCAGGGGUAUUUCUGCACCCACAACUUCAAGGGCCAUGCGGGCAUCGUGACGCUGGUGCGCUUCCAUCCUGCCCGGCUGCAGCUCGUCACAGUGGCUAACACGGAGGUGCGGCUGUGGGACUUGGAGUCCUCGGUCUGCGUCGCUGUCCUCAAGGAUCACCUCUCCAGCAUCUCUUCGAUGUGCUUCGGCCCUGUCAGGUCUAAGCUCUACCAGCUCGUCACCGGCGGCCGUGACCAGGUCGUCAACGUUUGGAACCUGGAGGAAAAGUGCUCUCUGGUGCGCUCCAUCCCGGUCUUUGAAAACGUCGAAGGCGUCGUUGCCAUUCCAACGAAGCGACUACGGCAGCAGUGUAAGGAGGCGCACUCCGACUGCGGGCCGUUCAGUGCUUGGCUCAGGGAGGAGGACGCGCAGCCGGCACCCUUCGUGAUCUUCACCGUGGGGAACAAAGGCGUGGUCCGCGCCUGGAACCCUCUCGACGGGAAGGCUGUCGCCAGCCACGACUCUCCGCACGCAGCCAAAGGUGAGCUGCGCCAAAUCCAUUGUCUGGACACCAGCGGUGGCACCAAGAUGGUGACCGUCGGCGAGGACAUGAACCUCAUGAUCUGGACGCUGCCGGAGUUUGAAGUCAGCAGCCACAUCAUGGGUCACAACGAAGAAAUUGUCCACGUCCAGCUGAUCCCUCAAAUCACUUGGCCGGAGGAGCAACCGGACGGCUCCGGGACGGCGCCAGAGAUAGUAGCCGAGCGAUUCGUUUGCAUCGCCAACGAUGAGCACCCCAGGGUGGUCACAUGCGAGGGCUUCGGGGCGAGCUUGCUCCGGGGCCACACCGACGUGGUGAUCUCCUGCGAUGUCUCACCUGACGGAGCCUGGAUUGCUACCGGCGGCAAAGACCAGUCCAUUCGCAUCUGGAGUUCCAGCACCUGCCAGUUCGCCUGCAUCUGCGCCGGCCACGCGGGUGAUGUGUCGGCCCUGUCCUUUGCGAAGCGUCGCCCGCGCAGCGUGCGUGCCGCCUCGCAGCAGGUCAUUGCUCAUUCAAAGGAAGUCAAUGACGUCCUUGCCUUGGCUUCUCAGGUGUGCGCAGGCACCCAGGUCUUGGUUUCACCAAACAACAAGCUCAUAGCCAGCGGUGGGCAGGACAAGCUGGUUCGCAUCUGGAAGUUUCCCGAGGGCGACCUGCUAGGGGCAAAGGACACCGGCGAGGUGUCUGGUGCCUUGGCUACCGUCGAACAGCAUUUGGACUUGCUGUCCUCAAGAUAUCGGUGCGUGGCCUUCUCUCCCAUCGACCAGGUGGUGGCCUCUGCCUCGGCCAUCCGCUCCUUCCAGGGCCACAGCAGCGCGGUUCUGCGCGUCGCCUUCCUGGCGAACGGCAUGCAGCUCAUGAGCAGCAGCGUCGACGGCCUGCUCAAACUCUGGCACAUCAGGACUGCAGAGUGUGCAGCCACCCUCGAAGAACACACCAGCAAAGUCUGGUGCAUUGACAUCCUGGGGGAUCGGAUGGUUUCUGGCGGCGCUGACUCCAAGAUUUGUGUUUGGCGCGAUUCCACUCUCGAAGUGGAGAAGCAGCGUUUCAGCCUCGGUGUGGCUCUAGGCCAGGAUGAGAAAGCGGAUCUCGCGAUCAAGGACUCCAGAAUCGGCCUGCUGGUCAGGGAGGGAAAGGUCGUGGCGGACCGCGCUGCAGUGAGGGCUGAGCCCUCGCUGGCGGCCCCGGUUCAGGGCGGCAAGGUGAAGGGAAGCAUCGUCGAACUCUUCGAGUGGAGCGACUGCUUGAAGUGGCGCCGCGUCGUUGACAGCAAGACCUGGCUGUCGGGGUGGAUGCUGCUGGACCACCCGCAGCACGGCCCGCUCUUACGACCUUCGAGUCUUCCCUUCCAGGUAAAGCCUCUGGAGCCGCUUUGCCGGCAGAAACGUGGCAUGCAGCGUGGCCGGAAGGGCGACCGGCAGAAGAGCAGCAAGGGCAACCAGGCCAUGGGAAACUGUGUAGGUAAACUGCCAUUCUUUGGUGGCCAUUCGAAGAUGAUGCUUGCUGACGAAGCACUGCGGUCGCGUGCCAGGGGCUGCAUGCUCGGGAUCAUGGUGGGGGAUGCAUUGGGUGCCGCCUUUGAGGGGUAUAGCCAGGAGCGCAUUCGGAAGCUUGCGCAGGGAGAAUGGCGGACUCCUCUUGUUCAGGGCUUCAUUCGAGCAGUGCACAUGGGCACGUACAUCUCAACAGGAAAGACGCUACAAGGUCCCUUUCAAUUGGCCCGUGGUGUUGAUGACAUGGCAUUUGUGCCACCAGGGAUCGAGCUUCCCCAGGAGGUACUGGAUCAAUGUGGCCGCAUCGGGAUGUAUACCGACGACACCUGCGCCUGCCUUGCAGUAGCAGGUUCUUUGGUGGAGUGUGGCAAAGCCGAUGCGGGGCAUGUCGCACGGAGCUGCGCGGAGUUCUUCCGUGACAACGAGCACUUUCGGGGCUCCCCACCAACUGCGAAGCAGGUGAAUGCGGCCUGCUUGGCCGGUGUCGCUGUGGAGAAGACGGGCCUUCCUCCAUACUUCCGCUUUGAGGGCGGCUCCUUUGCCAACGGGGGAGCCAUGCGGAUCUCUCCACUGGCCCUUGCCUACCGCCAUGCGAGCCCCGAAACGCUUCGAAACGCAGUGGAGCAGACAAUCUUGGGCACACACCGCCACACGGAGGCUGUCGACUUCGCCGUGCUUCAGGCCGCUGCAGUUCAAUAUUCCCUCCUCCACGACCCAGGCACUUUCAACCCAAACGAGCUGCUCCCUGGUCUUCUGGGUCUUUGCCACUCUGACGACAUGCGAGAUGUAAUGAAGUCUCUGGCUCGUGCUGUCCGAUUUGUGAACAUGGACGAUGCGGACGACCAGAAGAUCUUGGGCCCAAUCCUCAACAAGCACAAGAGGCCCGGAAGUGGUUUGGGCUUCCAGCUCGCCAGCAUUCACAUGGCCCCGUGCGUGUUCUGGCUGGUCUCUCGCCAUUACAGGGACCCAAGAUGCGCGGUGCAGGCAGCCGUGGACCUGGGUGGUGACACAGACACGACCGCCUCCAUGGUCGGCGCCAUUGUAGGCGCUCUCCAUGGCGAGGGAUGGUGUGAUGAUUGGGCCGGCUCCAUGGAGAACGGCAUCCACGGGCGCGACUAUGCCUUGCGGCUGGCGGAGCAGCUCGUUGAGUUGGACCUUGAAGAGUAA